AUGGAGAAUGGCUUCGCGAUCCCUUGCUGUGGUGCCGCUGAUGUUUUCCGUGGAUUUCUGGUGGCUGGGAACGUUUGGAGAAAGCCAGCGAAUUUGGAGAGGUACCGCUUCCUGCCCUUCGAAUCGCUCGGUUGUGCCACUGCGCGAGGCUUUCGCGGCUUCCGCGCUUUGCUGUUGACCUUGCUCUUCUAUGUCGCCAUUGUGAUUCCAGUGCUGUUAGUCUUCGCCCUGGCUGUGUGCCACGACGGUGUGCACGCAACAGUGCGUGCUGACCUUUUGCGACGAGACGUUAGACUUCAUCAUGGCACCGUUUGGGAUCCCAAGUCGCGACGGGUCUGCGGGAUUCUGCGGGAUGUGUGGCUUCGGGCGCUGAACGCCAUGGCAUUUCUGGUCAUUUGCUGCUCGCUAUGGAGCAUGCUCGGGACGGUCCAGGCCUGCUCCAACUUCGCCAUGCAGAAUGACUUCGGCCUCUCUGUGCGCACGAUGGACUUGGGCGACACUUUGGGGCUCAGCCUCUCGGUGAAGCAACGCAAGCUUCAUGGACGGCCACGAUAUAAAGCUAGCGCCAUGGAAUCGUCGCUGUUCGAAGACCUUGUUUGUUUCUUGCAGAAAGAAGAGCUUGUGUUGAAGGCUUUGCGCGCCACGGAUUUGAAAGCAUGCUUGCGGACAGGGACAGGCACCAAAGGAUACGAAGCAAAUGUAGAGCGAGCCAAGUAUUAUAGAAUUUACAAUAAGAUUGAGAAGCAAGUAACGCCUGACCAAAAAGCUACUCUAAUGGAUUGGGAACGAAGGCUUUGCAGUGAGGCGGAGGACAUUGAUUUCGCACGGUUGCUUGCCAUAUUUGCAAGCCGUGAAGAGGAGCUGAAGCAAAUGAGAAAACCGAGCCUCGAAGCAUGCUUUAACAGCAACCCGAGCAAGACAGACAAGGACUUAAAGUUUUGCCAAAAUUUCUUCAAACGCAAAAAAACAAGUAUGACAUAUGAACAGCAAAAGGUUGUGGAUGAAUGGGAGGAGAAGAUUUGUGGCGAUGGUGCGGGGUUAUGUCCUGCCAUCGAUGCAGAUUUCAUGCGUUUGCUGACUAUACUGGAAAACCGCGAAGAUGACUUGCGACAAAUCCGAAAAACAAGUCUCGAAGCAUGUUUCAACAGCAACCUGAGCAAUACAGACAAGGACUUAAAGUUUUGCCGAAAUUUCUUCAAACGCAAAAAAGCAAGUAUGACAGAUGAACAGCAAAAGGUUGUGGAUGAAUGGGAGGAGAAGAUUUGUGGCGAUGGUGCGGGGUUGUGUCCUGCCAUCGAUGCAGAUUUCACGCGUUUGCUGACUAUACUGGAAAACCGUCAAGAUGACUUGCGACAAAUGCAAAAAACAAGUCUCGAAGAGAUCAUUUGUGCCGAUGGUGCGGGGUUAUGUCCUGCCAUCGAGGCAGAUUUCGCACGUUUGCUUACUAUACUGGAAAAUCGUGAAGAUGACUUGCGACAAAUGCAAAAAACAAGUCUCGAAGCAUGUUUCGGGACACGUGUCAGCAAUGCAGACAAUGAUCUUGGUUUUGGACGGAACUUUUUCCGUCGGCGGAAAGAUAUGUUGACGGAUGAGCAGCGCAAGGUUCUUGAGGACUGGUCUUCCAAGAUUUGUUCCCAUGAGCAUGUUGAUGAUGGUUUUCGGCGCUUCCUUGCAACUUUGCAUGCUCGAGCACAGGAGCUGUCUGCCUUGCGCAAAUGUGACCUGAAAGACAUCUUUUCGUCCCAUAUGUGCAAAAAAGAUUCGGAGUUGAAAUUUUGUCAAAACUUUUGGCGGCGCAGCGCAGAAAAAUUGAGUCCCGAGCAAAAGGAACAAGUGGAGGAUUUGAAAGCAGGAAUUCUUUGGCCUCAUGCGCAAGACGAUCGUGCGGCGUUGCGGCCCGCGGUUGUCAGGAUGUUGGACAAAUUUGAAAACAUACUUGCACGCAGAGAGGCAGAAUUUCGCGGCUUUGGGGCUGCAAGUGUUUAUGGUCUGUUUACCGGGCACGCGAAGAAAUCUGAUUCUGAGGUUAGAUUUUGUUACGAUUUUGUCAGCCGUGUGUUUCCCAAACUGGAAGAUUCGGAGCAACAGCGACUUCGAAUCAAACUGGAUGACCUGUUGUUAAAAAGCUGCUCUGUGCCCGUGAAAAGUAGUUACCAGGCCAAACUACACGAUGCAGAGACUGUCUUGGGCGACGCUCUUCCACGCCCAAGACUGCCGAAAAGUUUGCGUCAGCUGUUUGGCAACAGUAUGGAUGCAGAGGCAAGGAUCAUGCCGUUUUUGCACCGUGUUCAUGAGGUGGAUGAGUUCAUGGUUUCCUUAAAAUUUCAAGACUGUGACUAUUGCCACGAAGGAUGGUUUGGCAGUGAUAGAAAACGGUCAGACUUGCCCGGUGGUUUUGAAACCGAAACCUAUAAGAAGACCAAUUUCUUGCGUGCGCCUGAGAACCAGUGGCUAGACCCAGAGCGACCGAUCUGUCAAAAUUGUCUGCGAGAAGCUAAAGGACGCGCUGCGGAGGGCUAUCCCAAGGAGCCUUUCCGCUUGACAGGUGCUAACUUCGCAGAUCCUGGGCCAACGUUGCCAGAAACCGACGCUUUGAGCUUCUUUGAAGAGGAGAUCUUGUCGCCAAUCCAGCAUAUUGUCCGCAUCUUCACGUUGCACGCAACAGGACAAUGUGAGCUCCGCGGUCACGUGGGUAACCUGUUCCAAAAUGGCCCACAGUAUGUUCGUGACAUCCCUGCAGCCGUGGGUGACAUGAAGAUGCUUCUGAUACGGCGGUGUCCCAAGGAUCCAAACCGCAAGCAACGAGUGCCUUUCCUUGUGUCAAGGCGACGUUUGCAACGUGCUCUUGAUCGCCUUUGUCGCACGUUGGAGGAGGAUGGUUCUUUGGCUCUCCAGCCCGGAGCACUGACACCUGGCGGCUACGUCGACUUGGUGAAGCGGGGAAACCUCGACCAGUAUGCAGACACUGAGGAAGGCGAGGAACCCCAUGGUCUGCAAGUUCAUGUCGUCGAGCAAAGACCAUGGGAGCGCGUGGAGCGCAAGCUGUUCGCUUUGUGGAUGUCGUGCUCGCUGGAGUUGCAGAUGGCAGCCCAGGUACGUCUUUUGCAUGAGCCCGAAGAUGUGCAGGAUCCGGCGGAGAGGGUGGAUGUUCUGUGGAAGAAUUUGCGUGCUGCUAUGGAUGCCAAAGCCCCGGAUGUCGUGGGCGGCCCUUCAGACUUGAUGUUUACAACGCUGGCUCAAUACUUGUCUCUGCAGUUUUCGGAUAAAAAUGUGCAAGACGUAGAAAACAUUUUGCACGAUGAACUGACGGCAGUGCAGGAGUUAGCUUCCUGGGAAGAGCCUUUGGUGUCGGAUGGCUUGUGGUCGCCUGAAGAUGUAGCUGGCCAGCAGACUGAAGCAGAAUUGAAGGAUGACUUGUGGGAGACGAUCUGUAAAGCCAACGAAAGCGCCAGCAACAAAUCUACAAUUCGUCGUUUUGGAGCAGCACGGGUGCAAGGAGUGCCUAUUCUGGAUCCCCCAACCGUAGCAUCCAGAAACCAACUAGUCAGGGAAGAUCAACCUUAUUACAUUGUUGCUGGUUUUGUGAAAUUGUUUCCACUUGGACAAGGAGAUUUUUGGGCGCACUUGCAGCAGCACCAAGAGGAAAACCAACAGCCGUUGUCCUUCUGGGAGUGGCUGAAGCAUUUGCUUUUGCGUUCGGAUGGUCGUUUUCAAGCCCACCCACGGUUCUAUUUUUUUGCUCUGAACACCGCUUUGCGCAACAAGGCUUUGCGUGCCCGGGGAUAUUUUAUGAAGCGCCAGCAGGGGGCCAGCAGCAACGUUGCGUACACUACAGAGGAACUUUUCAACAUGGGUAAAGCUCAGUUCACCAAGAUUGUGUCAGCUUUCGAACACUCCAUGGCCGGUUCAGCGCAGGAGAAGUUGCGAGAACGCAGUGACUUAGAGGCCAUGGUGGAGCAGAUUGAACAAGAGACGUUGCAAGAUCAGGCUCACGCUUUGUUGCAAGCUUGGCGCGAAGCGGAAUCUGCUGGAAACAUGCUUGAGCAGCAAGGUUUUGCUACUUCUGCUGCAGAAGUGCGAGCCGUGUGCUCCGUUGCAAAAGCUGCGGUGGAGAAGGUCUUGUCGCCAGAAACCAUUGAAGCCCAAGCUAAGCCUUCUGUCUCGUGUGUCGUUGUGGACCGCGAGAUGGAUGAAGGGCCCCAGCCUGAUGUCGCGCGCGUCGUUGCGGACCACGCGGCAGAACCGAUGCAGCAGGAAAUUGAAGUCAGCCCAGCUGCGGAGGAAGAAAGUGGCUUUGCGUGCUCCAGGGGGCCGCUCAGGACCUAA